UUUCACAGUUUAAUGAAUCUUCCACUUAUUUGAUGGGCUGGUUAAGAGAUUAUUUAUGGUUAAAUUCUUCACAACUUAUCAACGGAUAUAAUCCUUUUGGUAUGAAUAGUUUAUCUGUCUGGGCAUGGAUGUUCUUAUUUGGACAUCUUAUUUGGGCUACUGGAUUUAUGUUCUUAAUUUCUUGGCGAGGCUAUUGGCAGGAAUUAAUUGAAACUUUAGCAUGGGCUCACGAACGUACACCUUUGGCAAAUUUGAUUAGAUGGAGAGAUAAACCGGUGGCUCUUUCUAUUGUGCAAGCAAGAUUAGUCGGAUUAGCCCACUUUUCUGUAGGUUAUAUAUUGACUUAUGCUGCGUUCUUAAUUGCCUCUACAUCGGGUAAAUUUGGUUAAAUUGCCUGUGUUUGUAUCCUUGAAAAUAUCAUUUUUUUUUUUAUGUAAGGGGUUUUUAUUUCUACAUCUAGGAUUACACUUAUAUACUUAUAUUAUGUAUACGAUACUAAUAGGAACUUAAUAUUUAUGGCACGAAAAAGUUUGAUUCAGCGAGAUCAAAAAAGGAAAAAAUUGGAACGAAAAUAUUAUUUGAUUCGUCAAGCCUUAAAAAAAGAAAUACGCGAA